AUGAAUCUUCUAGAGAGAGAGAAAAAUUAUAAACUUAACAGAAGACCUUUGACUCUUAGGGAUAUUUUAAGUUAUUCACUUGAGUCAGAAACAGGCAUCAAAAUUGAUUUAAUCUGUGAUGAUAUGAAUGAAUAAGAUUUUUAAAAAAUAUGUUCUGUCUUAUCAAAUUGCUCUAAUCUUUAAGUUUUAAAAUUAGAAUUUGGCCAUAAUUGUAUGAUUAUUGAUGAUCAAUGUUUAUCAGCAUUAGCUACUGCUUUAUCGAACUGCAAAAAAAUCUUUGAUUUCAGAUUAUGUUUAAUAGAUGCUAAUCUUACUGAAAAGGGGAUUUAAGAUUUAGGACUUAUUUUAGAAAGAUUUAAAGGUCUCACUAAAUUGGAAAUUGACUUUCAUUAAGAAAAACUUGAGGAUGCUGAUGCAAAAUAUUUAGGAGUUUGUUUAUCUAAUUGUGUUAAUCUCACUACUUUCAUAUUCUAGUCUAAAUAUUCAGAAAUUGGUUAUAAGGGUAUAUCAGAUCUAUGCUAAGCUUUAAUUACCAGUGCCAAUCUCUAAAAUAUCUUUAUAGAGAAAAAUUUGAACCAUUAAGAAAAAGUUUAUGAACAUUAGUUAGAUUAAUUAGGCAUAUGCUCUGCUUUAACGAAAUAUCCAAAACUCUAACUAAAACUAGGAAUAAAUAUUGAAGUUAUUGGUACUAAGAAUCUUUUAGAUUUAGGGAAUGAUUUAGCAUAAUGUUCAAAUCUUUAAACUCUAGAACUCUUAUUCAUGAAUGAAAUAGAUGCAUAGUGUAUAUUAGGACUAGGAUAUGCUUUAGCUAAAAGCUAAAGUAUUUCAAUUUUAAAACUUGACUUAAGGUAAAUAUAAUUAAUUUAUGUUAUCUUUUUUAUCCAUUUUUUAGCAAACUUUUUUUAAUUUUAAUUAGAGAUCAAACAUUACUAUUUUUGUUUAAAGUGA